AUGUCUCAGAUAAGCACGCCGCUCAGUCGCACAGCCGUUGAUCCGUUCUCUCCAUCGUUGAAUCAGGAUCGACAACUCUCACAAGCCGACUUCGAAGAAUUGUUUGGAAUAGCUGAUUCAGCACAGCCUGUCUUCUUGUCAAACGACAGCGACAUAUUUGAGGAGCUCGGCUAUACAUACGAAGAAGACUGUAUAGUACCCGCUGAUUCACAAAAUCCCUCCGCGAUCUCGACGCCCAAUUUUUCCGACUACGACUUUGGCCUGAACGCCCCAGUGUACCCGACCCCUGGGCCAAACUCACCACAUCCGUACCCACUAGAGCUGCAACGAGUUCGUCCAGCGACAGUUGAUCAGCAAGACUACAAUCACCGAGAAGGAAUGGUCUAUACUACCGGCAUGGAAGGAGUUGACUCGUUGGUAGGCGGCCUGUUGCCAACACCCAUUGGCACACCACUAAACGAGUUGGCCGACGUUGAAGAAUUGAAUUACCGCACUGGCACAACUAUUCAUACGAUCCACUCGGAAGGUCCGGUGUUUCGACACAUGAGACGCCCCGACGAAAUGUCACGAAGCAGGCGUAUCAUUGAGAUUGGCGCUCUCGUCGUUUCCAAUCGCUCCAAACUGGACCCUAGACUUGAGCCGCUUAGUCCGACCGCAAAUCGCGCGCGAAUCUUGGAGAAGUUGGGCGAUGUCGAACAACAUCUUAGAAACAAGGAAGGUAAAGAAGCACUCCCGGCGUGUAUGACGAUUCGCGUUGCGCUGUCAAGGAGCAUGAACGCUAAGGAUGUGGAUGUAGCGGACAAUGCAGUGGGAGUCUGUUCAGAAGCGUCCGGAAAGGAGUGCCUGGAAACGCAAUGUGAUACGUACAACGAUCAUGACGAUAACGAGAUCAUGGAAAUGUUGAUGAGAGAGAAUGGCGUUGAUGGACAAGAUGAAGUAGCACCUCUCAUUGCGGCUUUCGCGAUCGUACGAUUCGUAGCUGCGGAAGUUGCGCCGGAGAUCACCACCGUUGCAGAAGGCUACAACGUGAUUGCCAAGCUCCCAUGUAUUGGCUGCCCAUUCCUACACCAGGACACGUCGCAAGGCAGCGAUGCGCCAUGGACUGAGAGAAGAGAUGAUAACGCUCUGCUGCUGAACAUCUCUCUCCCCUACGACUCAGCGUACUUGAGCAUCAACAAUGCUCCACUGCUAGCAGACUCAAAGAUUCUGCCGCGGAUGUACGUCAAUCAGGUCUUGUUGGACACAUCGAAAGACGAUGUUGAUAAGCUCGUUGAAUCCAAUCAGCUCGACAACCUUGGAGGUGCUUACUUUGGCGCUUCGUACUCCUACUCCUUGCGUCAUCUCAAAGAGUCGAACGCGCUACUGUUCUACUUCGAUGUCAUGGAGAUGUGGACUGAUCUGACCUCUCCACAUCUUACCGUCAUCAUGGACAAGGAGGAGCAGAAGGUUUUGGAAGUCGUGCUUCUACAGCGUCCCUUGCUCUCAGCUGGCGACCAUGCGAGCGCGUACGAAAUCAUCCGUGCUUCACUUGUUCCGCGUAAAAAUAUCAAAAACCCGAUGAAGAUGCACAUGUGGUUCCACGACUGGGACGCCAAUGGCAAGAAAGGCACAGCGACACAUAUGGUCAAUUCGGCGUCGUCAUCCUUUGUCGACUACAUCAGCUCUGGCAUCUGGUCUUUGUUCAUAUUUAUUCUUGCAGUUAUGGCGCUGUUCGUCAUCGUGUGUUUGUUUAUCAUCUUUGGGUGUGGAUUGCAUAAAGACGACUACGAACAGGCGCAGCAUGGCAAACGCAAAAGCGGUGGAAGGAAUGAUAUAGAGUCCGUGCGGAGGUUCAGGACACCCGAAGAGCUGGGACUCAGAGGCAGUGGAAGGGUGGUUGGAGUUGGGAAGAGCGAUUGA